AUGAUCGGCGCAACGAAGGACGCCUCCGCUCCUUCCCCGUCGUCCUCGCCGGCGUCGGUCACCGGAGCUGCAUGGCCGAUCUGUUUCUUACUUUGCGAUGGGCAGGGGAAGCCUAAGAUGGAUCCGAGGGCCGCGGAGGUAAUACGGCUCGUGAAAACGCCCAUUGCUGUCCUCUUUGGCUGGGGCCGUGCGAGAAAAGAGUCGAGCUCGACUCUGAUGCCGCCACUCACUAAAGGGCUUUGGUUGAUGAGUGCACCGAUGAAGAGAAGUGCUGUUGAUGGAACUGAAUACACAAUCUUACAUUUGGACAGUGACGGGACGGUUGGUUAUGAUCAAAAGAUAUUUUCUCUGGCCGUGCUCUUGUCCAGCGUCUUCGUCUACAACCAGUUUGGGGGGAUUGAUGCAGCUGCAUUGCAUCAAUUGUCUGUUCUUACUCAGACGACUGAGCCUAUCAGAGUGAUAGGAUCUAAUUCUGGGUUGGGACAGUACACCCCUACAUUCGUUUGGCUGCUUAAAGACUUCAGUUUUGAUUUACUGGGAGAUAAUAAGAGUAUGACACCGCAAGACUACCUGGAGCUUGCUUUGAGGCCAAUUCAAGGCACUGGAAGCGAUAUAGCCGCUAAAAACGAGAUUCGGGAAUCUAUUCGAGCACUAUUUCCAGAUAGGCAUUGUUUCACCCUUGUGCGGCCUUUGAAUACUGCAGAUGAUCAGCUGCUCAAUCAAAUAUUAAUGGAUAAGCUGAGCCCCGAGUUGUGGUCUGGGUUGGAGACCUUGAGAGAGUUCGUUUUUGAGAGAACAAGGCCCAAGCAAGUCGGGGACACUAUCUUGACUGGCCCUGUUCUAGUAGCUCUGGCAGAGUCUUGCUUGGAAGCCUUGGAUAGGGGUGUAGUGCCUACAGUGCCAUCUUCAUGGAAGACUGUUGAAGAAAAAGAAUGCCGUAUAGCUUAUGAUAGAGCCACUAAGGUUUACAUGUCUAGUUUGUACCGAUCUGACCCACUGGAGCAAGCUGGCAUGAGCCUCGCCCACGAGGAAGCGAAGCAAAAAUCGUUAGCCGCAUUCAACGCAAGUGCUGUUGGUGCCGGUUCAGCAAGGAAGAGACAUGAGGGGUGUCUCCAUAAGUUUUUUAGAAAGGCUUUUGAGGAAGGCAAGAUGAAUGCAUUUAUGGAGGCAGACUCGAGGUGUUCACUUGCUAUACAAAGCAUGGAAAACAAGCUGAGAGCAGCUUGUCAUACACCUGAUGCUGAUGUUUUUACUGUUGGUGAGGUUCUUAACGAUCUUUUGUCAGAAUAUGAAGCAUCAUCUCAUGGUCCAUCGAAAUGGCAAAAGCUUGCCGUGUUCUUGAGGGAAAGCUGGGAAGGCCCAAUACACGACCUAGCCAACAGGGCAGUUGAACAGGUCCGACCUAGGAGGAGUUCAUCCAUGCAGACAUGUCGGGAAAUUGAAGAUCAUUUGGGGUUGCUUAAGGAGCAACUGGAAGCCAGUGAGAAUGAAAAAUCUCAGUAUCUGAAGCAACAGAAAGAUGGCAUCAGUGACAAGAACAAGCUUGAUACCCAGAUUAUAUCCCUGAAGGAAAAAAUCAGAGAAUCGAGCAAGACAUUAGAAGAAGCAAAUGUUGUAGCCCGAUCACUUCAAACAAGAGAGUCCAAGCUUGACAAGGUCAUCAGGGAUGGUUUGUCAGUUCCAUUGAUUAAAGACCUAGCUGCAAGGGGCGUUUGGCCGGUGCCAACUCGCUUUAGUUACCUUCCAGAAACUGUGAAGCUGCAUAUAUUGAAAUGGCUUCCAGCCACGGACCUGGCAAGCAUAGCUUGUGUAAAUAAGGGACUUCGAACUUUGGCAUCGGAUAAUAGUUUGUGGAAGUUGAAGUUCGAAGACAAGUUUGGAGUGUGGUCACCAGGCAACGAGGUGGAUUGGCAGCAGAGCUUCCGGCGGACAAUGAAGAAGCAGAAGGAGGACCCAUCAGAUGGGUUCGAUGCCGUCCUGGUCGAAAUGAAGGAUCCUCCAGGAAAUGGGGCUUGA